AUGAUAAGUGAGCCGCAGACUUCGCAGUCUCCGCCGUCGUCGUACGACGAAGGAAACAUCCACUGCCGAGUUUGCAACCGCAACUACGACGGCUCUCAACAUUUCGGCAUCGAGGUCCGUCUUUUCCAUUCCAUUUAUCGGAUCUCUUGGCUUUUUUUCGUGAAAGAAUGUCAUUAGCGGUAAUGUUUUAUGAAAAAAAAAGUUUUCGAAAAAAGAGAAAUUUCGAUCAAACUCUCACACGGUAAUUUUGCAACUUUAAAAAUACAAAAACGUGAAAAAAAUGACUUAACUAUAAAAAAUAAAUGUUAACCUCUGACGAUUUUUUAAAGAAAUAUUUCAACUUAUGAAAAAUUCGGUUUUCCAAUUUUUUUUUCUAGUUUUGUCGGUAUCACAAUCGUUAAUAAUUAGGAUAUAAAUUAAAAAUCGGUGAAGAGAUGAAGAUUCAAAUUAAUUUUGACACCUUUUUAAAAAAGUUGCUCUGUUUGUGGUACAGCCAGAAGAGUUCUCUCAAACUUCUGAAAGCUCUGCGUUCCAGGUUUGCCGUGCUUGUGCCGCCUUCUUCCGUCGAUCAGUCAACGGCGGCAAGACGUUCGUCUGUCGUCGAGGAGGAAACGAAUGCCAACUCAACAGUAAGCCGUUCUUCCUCCAAUUUUCCUAAUUUCAACCUCAGCUCCGCGGAAAAUAACCUGUCAACAGUGUCGUUGGAUGAAGUGUUUGCAAGUCGGAAUGCAAAAAGAAUGUGAGUCAUUAUAAAUCUCUUCUGAACGAUUCUGUUUUCCAGUAGUCAACUGCCGCAAUUCCCAUGAAGCUCCCGAUCUGAAGACGACGGCUUCCAUCGUAGAACCACCACUGAAGACGUCGUCGUGUCAUCAGAUGAGGACCUUGGCUCCUCUCAACACCAGAAGCGCAAACUACCUGAUCGAAGCUCUUUUGAAGUAGAUCAAGCAACUUUUCAGUUUUCAACUCAGGUCUCUCAAUCAGCAUGUUAUGUCACAUCCACGGUUCUUAAUCAGUCAAGUUAUAAACUUUAUUUUUCUUUGCGCAUUGCCAGAAGUUCUUCGAUCACAGAAAAUAAAGCCAAAGUCGCUGAAUAACGAAGGGCGUCCACUUUUUUAGCCUUUCUCAUUAUCUGAGAAUCAAAAAGUUCGUGGAAAGAUAACGGACAUGGAAACGCCGGCUUGGAAUGCGUUAUCAGCGUGCGAAGGCUUCGUUUCUCGUCUUGGCUCGUUUCCCUCCAUAGUACUACACGGGCACGCCCGCUUUUUGACUCCAACCUAAAGCCCAUUCUUCUAGGGUUUCUAUUGUUUUGAACCUAGAAUUCCAGUUAGAUUGAAGUUUUCCUUCGGUUUCUUCAAAAAUAUAAGAGUAGGAAGUUAGCCAAACGGGAUGGUUUUUGAACUUCACCUUGAUUUUAAGGUAUCAGUCGAACGCUUCUACAAGCUCCCGACGAAUUUUCGUUUCGAAAGGAAGAUAUUGAGUCGCAAGAUGAAAAAUCUAUCGAAAUUUUUUACAGAUCCUUUUACUCAUUUGCUUUGUUUGUUCAAUCAUUAUUCACCAUCAUAACGCCCAAUUGAACCGGGCUGCGUAAGAAAAUUCCUCUUAUCAGGUUCCCGUUUUGCAAGCAAAAAAGUAUUAAACAUAAUUCACAUUUCAUAUUCUCAUCGAUCUUUCUUUUUGAUCAAGUAAGCCAUCACUGCUUAAAAAUUCACGUCCUCGUAUACAAUAAAAAUUCGGAAAGGCGUUGUAGAACCGUAUCGAUAAGAUUUAACGGCAAACGAUAAGAACUUUUUAAGGUCUACUGAGAUGCUCGAUGGCUCUGCCUCGGCCUUGCCGACGGUGAGGCUGCCGAGAAUCGCCAUCGCCAGACCCUCUGGGGACAUCUCAGGAACCCGCUAUGGCCGACCUUUCAAUGGUCAGUGCAAAUAGUUUCCAAGUCGAUAAAGAUUCUCAAUCCGUGUAAUGGCAUCUCGUCAUUUAGAACAUCGAAAAAGAAUGAAAUCCUUGAACUCAAUUACAAUUGGACGCAAAAUAAUUAGAACUCUUUGUAAAUUUUCAUCUUUCUAUUUUCAGUUCUAUUCUCUUUCAAGUACGUAAAUGCUGAGAAAAUUAGUUCAAAACAUCUUUAUUUAAAGCGAAAUAGUUCUAGUCUACAUGGGCAAACUAAACUACUCGAACUCAUUUCAGAGCAUUACUCUCAAUUGGAAGCAGGACCUUUGUCGCCUUCCUACAUCGUCGAUCACUUGCCGACGAGGCGACUUUCCCAAAUUUCGGCCAAUUAUUUCGUCCCAGGCAUAGCCAGGUCUUUCGAGUCGCAUGUUUUUCUGAGAUAAUCUUUUCCAGGACCAAUCGUUAUGAGCCUCCCCCACCAACACUGCGAGUCCGUACUGACCUGGGGACCACAAGGCGUGUCGACACGACGACAGACCAGAUCCCGAGGUCUGAAGGUCGAAAAGAAGACGUCGAAUCCGUUGCAGAGUGAUGUCAUCGGACAAUUUGGCCGACUAUCUGAACAUCGGCGACUAUCCCAUGACCGCAGCCAUCAUCGGCGCUUCCGAAAACCAACGACGUCUGGACGAAAUUUCCGCCCGAGCAGAAAGGUUCAAACAUGAUUUCAAAUGAACAUCGCUAACUGAUGAUAUCAAAAUCUCUAUUAUUUCAAAAUAAAGUUUGAAAAAGAGAGUUGCAGCCUUCGAGACGUCGACCGAGUGGCUCUGUUCGAGAAUUCCUCGCUGGCCUAUCAACGCGUCGCUUUUCUUUUCUGUCGCUAUCCGGCCCUGGCCUUGUGUAUGGUCUCCAUGUGGAUGAUGUGGGGCCGCGGCCUCGGUCUGAAUUCCAAAGACUCUCGAGAAAAUGUUCGCUUCACUUAUUUUCUUCCAUUCUUUCUAUCCAGCUUUUUUGGAAUCUUUCAAGAUUCUUUGAUAGUUCAGUUUUCUUUAUUCUCGAAGCAAACAUGUCAUAAACUGACCAGAAUGUUCUCACAUCAAUUAGUUAGUUAUUAGAAAGAUGCUAAGAAAUAGUUAUAAUGAUAGUUUCUAGGUCUCCUAUAUCGUCGCAUUUGCAUCUGGAGCCUUCAUUUUGGCAUGUAAUGUUUUCCAUUCACACAGCCAUCACAACUCCUACAAGUUCGCCAAAAUAAUGGUAUCUCUUCUAUCAAAGACAUUCCCUCUGAAGUUAGCUCACAAGUUUACAGGCAAAUCUUUACCACUUUUUUGGUCUGGUCUCUCUUUGUGCCGCGGCGACUGCUCUCGUUUUUGCAGCGAUUGCCGUGCGCGACGUCUCCGGAAUCACGUAGCGUCGUUGAGGAGUCUUCUGAAAACUUUCUUUUCCGUUCAGGACGGUCGACAAAUGCCGCUGGAACGAUCCCAAGUACACAGGGUACGACGGCGGUGUCUGCUUCACGCCAAGUCAACGCGUCGUUUUCCUUUCCGUCAUCAUCGGAGCCGCUUCUUGGGUCGUUCUCCUCGCCAUCAUCGCCUUCUUCUACGGAGUAAUUGGUGAGAUUUGUAUUAGGAAGUUGUAACUGGUCAACUUUUCAGCGGAACUAUUUUAGGCACUUUUUAGGAAAAGGAUUUCGGUUCGGAAGCUUUGCUCCAGGCUUUUUAAUUAUAAAUUGAGUUCCCUAGGCUUUUCAUAGCUUUUACUCUAUUCAUCAUAACUCGGAAUAGUCUCGCCUCGUGCUUCCUUAUCGACUUGUUCAUAAAAAAAAUGAAAAAAAGAUCGCAGAAGGGUGGGCGACAAGAGAACCCAGACACAUCAGACAAUUCCGAGUCGUGGCGAAUAGUUUGCAUGGUUUUUCGUGGCUAGAAAAUGAUGGGAAUUUGUAGGCCAAUCACUGAUGAAGAAGAAACGAAGAGACGAGUUCAAUCGCUUCGCACGCGGUCAGGACAACGCCUCGUUCCGGUAUUAAACUUAUUCCACAAAUCAUCAUCAUCAGCCCUCACAACACUGCCUUCCCAGCACAAUAAAGAUUUGAUGAAUCGUUUUUGAGUCGUCAAAAAAGAAAAGUUUGAACGGUAUUCUCGCUUUUGGCUCUUUUUUCCAAAUGCUCUGAAAGUUGGAAGAGAAUGAAAAGCAAACCUUUUAAAUUUGACAUAUUUCAGCUCCUUUUUUCAAAACAAGAUUUUUCUGGAAAUUCCUCUUUAAUCUGAACUUUCGAAAUUGAUGCGAGUUUUUUAUGGAAGAUAGCAGACCUUUGCAGUUACCGCAUGGUGUCAUUUCAAUCUCUUACUCCACCUAAAAGAAGCCAACGGAGUGCCAGAACCUCACAUUUAGUCUGUUCUCCUUCAAAGUGUACGACAGGAACUAAAAGGAAGGGUUGACGAAGAAAACGCGAUUAAAACGAUGUUCGAGGGUGUUGGCCGCAUACCUAACCGAACGGAGAUCUUAUCAGCGGCCCAAGGCCAAACACACGGUUUGUAGGCGUCGACCGUGACUCAGCAGGGGCUCCACAGCUGUCCAAACCGGCUGCUCGCCGAGUUUCAAUUUCGCAGGUUUCCGCAGCCAUUUCUGCACAUCGAUCUGCCGCCGGCCCUCUCUCCCUUUUCCUGGUCUUCCUCCAUUCUCUCGCCCUCCCCAUACAUGUGUAUAUACAUACUUCCGUUCAGUCGCCGCUCUCUCUAGGACAUUCCAGAAUAUAAUUAAUGCGCGUUUCUCAUCUGUUAUUAUCUCUCAUCCCUCAUUCUCAACUCGGACAGUCUCCAAAAAGUUUAUUUUGACAGGGUUUUCAAUUUUGAGCUGGAAAUAAUAAUUCAGAUGGACCGCGUUUACAAAUAUAAGUUGAAAUAAAGAAAAUAUCCAGAUUCAAGGUUAAUUCGCAGGGAAUAUUGAGAAGGAGAAUUUUAAAAUCCUUUUUCUUUGAUGUCGCAUUGCCUAGAGUGUCGUUAGAAAUCUCUUUGAAUUAUUGGUUUGAUAAGAAAUUCAGAAGAAAAAAAAAUUUUUUUAAAAACUUCCUUUUAAUAAUUUUUUUGUGUUUUGAAAGUUUUUUUGAAGAGCAGGAAUGAAUCAAAAAGGCCAGUUAGCUACUUAAGAAUGCAAAAUAAAGGAAAGUUUGGCAUUUGAAAUCGAACUCGCGGCUCAUUGGAUUCAAGGCCGGUUGUUUGAAUGGUGAAACAUUUCAAUUUUCGUUUCAGCCAACAAAAAACAGCGUUGUUUCGAUUCCGGUGUUUUCUUAGACCAAAAUAAACAGUAAAAACAUUUCCCCAUUCUCUCUUCUUCUUUUUUUUUGCAGUUUAUUUUUGUUGUUGGUAGGCUUCAUGUAACUUCUGAAGUUUGACUUAACAAGGUUUUUUUGAACUGAACCCUCCCAGAAAAUGUUUGUUUUUUUUUGUCGUCGCUGCACCAAGGGACGUUCUAAUCCUCUGCGCCAACAUCGACUUGAUUCAUGUAAACGAAGGGCUCUAUUUCCAAAGCUCCAUAUUUAUUAACCUUUCUUAUCACUCGUGCCGUUUUUGUUGACUUUACAAGUUGAUUCUUCCGCGGGCGGCUUUUCUUGUUCCUUAUUUUCAAGUCGAUUCCUAACCUGAUUUUUUAAAAACUUCUUCUGUGAGAAUAUGCCCUAAAUAGACUUCGAUUCUGUCUAUCAAAAUAUUCGACUGGAAAUCAUUCUUUUUAAAUCCGCUAGUACUGCACCAAAAAAAAAUCUACUUUCCUUUUUCUCCCAAUCAAUCAGUUCCUUCAUUCUUUUUUUCAAUUCAUGUAAGAUUCGUUCCGAGAAAAAUUCUCCCAUGGCAGUUUUUUAAGCUCGCCCUGCGAAAUCGAAUUCCUCCGUUCAAGUGCAAAAACUCUGUUUCUUUCCGAAGCCUUCAAGUCAAGAACACUACUCAGGACUGAAAGAAGCGGUCACUUAAGGGGCAAAGGCGACGUGCCAAUGACGGAAGUCGCGUCGCCCACCGUAGACGAGAAGCCCUGCUUCGGCACGAAUCCAGCCAUCUUCAAGCUCGGUCUAGGAAAACAGGUUUUCUUCCUCAUUUUCAAGGCUUUUAUUGAGCUCUUUUGCGUAGACGUAUUUAUGUUGACCCACUCUCAGGAAGCUCGAGUUUCCCUGUUUGUCAAAUUGAAAAAUGACUAACAUGACUAGGCUCCUUUCUGACUCAUAAUCAAGACUCGAAACAUUUCGUGGAAGUUUGCGGGAAGCUUCUAAAAUCAUCAUUUUGGCUCGAUUUCUCGAUUUAUUAAAGCUGACUCUAUCCAAAAAUGAGUUGAACCGGAAAAGUUUUCUUAUAUUUUUUUCUGACCAACCACUUUUUUUUCCGAAAGCUCCGCGGCAACUUCAAAGCAAAAUUUUUCUAAAGCAUACUCAAAAAACUUCAAAUUGAACGUAAAAUUUCUUUAAACUUGCUCUCUUUGGUUAUUAUGACGCCUCGAAUUUUGUGUCCCAGUUUUCCUAGAUAAAAUAUUAUCUUUCUCUGAUAUUCUUGCAAACACGACUCCUCAAAGAAAGGUUUGAGCACGUGCUGGCGCAUGAGAUCGGACAAGGGUCGCAGUGUCGGAACGCCGUCGACUGCAGCUGCGAAGGUCUCGACCUGCACUUCUGGAGGUCUCUGGGGACGUCGUCGUGUCUUGUCGUGGCACAUCAAUAAGACGAAUGGCCGUCUUGAAAUAUUUAGGGCCGAUUGUCCAUUUUUUUUUUUUUUGAUUCGGAUGAAUCUUAGAGGAGAAAGAGCAAUAAGGCAGCUGGAACCAACUUUAUAAAGACAAAAGAUUUCCUUCCAAAAAUAUUUUUCGCUUCUUCAGGAAAAUAUGCAAAAACUGCGGCUGUCGAAUGGACGAACAUGACGUCGUCCUGCCCAACGAGUUUGACCACGCUCAGAUCGUCAUCGGUUAAAAUUAUUCUGAUGUUUUUGAACAUAAGGAUGGUUCCAGGACGAUUAUUUGGGGCUAAAGAACAUUUUGAAAACGCCUUGAAGUUAGGAAAAUCUUCGCCGUUCAGUGAGACUUCAAACUCGAAAAAAGAAGUUGGUGGUUUUAUUUUCACAAAUAUCAGUCCGGAUUUUUUUUUUCUGAGGUAUUCAAACAAAUUCUAAAAUCUUGAAAUGUCAUAUUUUCGAAAUUUCAUUCAGAACAAGCCGCCGCCGACAGCUGUCUACAACUUCAAAAUGGCCAACGAACAAGAAAAUGAAAAGGUAGAUUUCAAUUUUCAUUUCAAGAGUAUUUAGGCGCAGAUAUGUUCUGCGCUAUUUGGAUAUAAGCUGAGCUGGAAAUUUUGAUUGAAUUUAAAACGAAUCGUUUUAAAAAACUUUUCUUAUUGAACUAACUUGAAAAUUGGUUAAAUUUUCAAGCAACUACACCUAGGCGAUGACCCUGCUUUCAAUAAGAAAAUUAAAAAAGACGAAAAGGAGGAAAAACAUAAAAAAGAUCAAAAAUAGGAGGAUGACGUGGGAUGGAGGAAUUUUAACAUAGAUACGAUAAAGGAAACGAGUAAACUGAAAAAAAUAGUGAAAAGAAUUACAAGAGAGCAAUCAGGUGUGAUUGAGAGAAUAAAGUGAAGAAUCGAUCUGUGGUCAGAUGUGCAGCAAAAUAUAAGCUGAGAAAAAAGAGUCUAGUCUUUUCAAUAUCAUAAUUUUCAGGAAAACUUGGAAUAUUCGUGGGCGCCGCUUCCAGACAAACGGUUGGUAGAGAAGUACAUGAAAGCUCUGCCGCUGGAGGAACGACCGAUAAUUGGUUCAGUUGGUGAACAAAACCGAAAGUCGCGACUGCAGUUCCAGGUUCUUGCCAUAUCAAUGCUUUUUUUCCAUUUCGUGAAGUAUUCAGCUGCCUUUGUAUGAUUGCAACGUUGAAGACGCUCGGUUUGUCGAAGAAAAAGACAAAAAAACUCUUCAGAAGUUUGUGGAUAACGUCCGGAACAACGUGAGAAAAUACUUUUUUCGUUUUAUAACUCUUUAACCAAAAAUACUAUGAAUAAAGAGGUUUAUCGCAGGUUAUCGGCGUUGGUAAAGUGAUCGAGGUGGGACAUUCCGAAACGAAUGAAUCGUUGCCGAUAGAGGCGCAGGUCGAGAGGCUUCGACUUGGAGAAGGUGGUGCUUCGACGGUGACUUCAUUAUUCCAUACAUGGAUCCUAAACAAAUCAUUCAAGGAGUGCAAAGAGUGUCAAAAAGGAAUGGCGGCGGGCGACAUCGGCGUCGAGUGCAUCCACGCGACGGAGCAGGUCAGCCACGUCUUCAACACAAAAAAAGACGUCCUCAAUUCAGAAUACGUGGCAUCCGAGCUGCUUCAAAUGUGCUACUUGUCAACAGCUUCUCGUCGACAACAUCUACUUCUUCUACCAAUCCAAGUACUACUGCGGACGACACUACGCCGACCAACUCUAUCCGCGUUGUGCCGGUUGCGACGAGGUUCCUCAGUAUUCUCUAAAAACCCUUCAUCGGUGUUUCCAGCUGAUUUUCGCUAACGAGUACACGUUUGCUGAGGAAAAGUCGUGGCACUUCGAUCAUUUUGCAUGUUAUAAGGUUAGUUCAAGACUUAUAAGAGUGAAGAUCUUUCAAGUUUUAGUGCGACUUCAAACUCGGCGGAUCACGCUACAUGACACGCGAGAACAAUCCUUACUGCCUUGAAUGCUACCUCACCUACUUCGCCAAGGUACCUGAGACUCGGGCAACUAUUCGAAACCUCUUUGCCUUGCAGACUUGCGACACGUGCCAACAGAAGAUCGGACCCGACGAGAAGCGGCUCAACUACAACGAUGUUCACUGGCACGCCGUCGAAAAAUGCUUUCAGUAAGAAAAAAAUAUGUCUAAAUAUUUCUGCUUCAACCGGUAAAUUGCAGAUGUGUACAGUGCCGUGAGAACCUUAUCGGCAAAAAAUUCAUGCUCAAGAACCACAGCCUCUUCUGCUCCUCCCAGUGCCGCAACAAUUUCAUUUCUACUCAUUAG